AUGAUGUCCGAGAUGUCAAUGCGUUCCAUGUUGAAGAGCGGCGAAGAUUUGAGUAUGUUGAUUCGCGAACAGAGGCGUCAACACGAAGCAAGUGAGCGAGAGAAGGAGGAGCUCAAUCUGUACAGAAGUGGGUCGGCCCCACCUACAGUCGAAGGCUCGUUAAACGCGGUUGGGGGCUUGUUCGAGGACUCGGCGCUGUCGGGUUUCACGAAAAACGGCAGCAAAGGCUUUGCGACCGAAGAGGAGCUUCGUGCCGAUCCAGCUUAUGUGACUUACUACUAUUCCAAUGUGAAUCUCAAUCCGCGGCUUCCGCCGCCGCUGGUUUCGAAGGAGGACUGGCGUUUUGCGCAGCGGUUCCAAGGCGGGGGCGGUGGAGGUGGAGGUGGAGGUUCGGCUGUUGGAGGCAUUGGAGAUAGGAGGAUUGGAGGUAGGAGUGGUGGCGAAGGUGGGGAUGUGAACAGGUCACUUUUCUCGGUGCAGCCAGGGGUUGGAGGGAAGGAGGAGAAUGGGGUGGCCGGGAGGAAGGCUCCGGCGGAGUGGGGCGGUGAUGGGUUGAUUGGGUUGCCGGGGUUGGGACUUGGGAGUAGGCAGAAAAGUAUUGCAGAGAUCAUUCAGGAUGAUAUACAUAAUACAAAUGUCUCAAGGCACCCUUCUCGUCCAGCUAGCCGGAAUGCAUUUGAUGAUGGUGUUGAAACUUCAGAAACCCAGUUUGCUCAUAUGCAUCGUGAUUUGGCAUCUAUAGAUGCUUUGCGUUCUGGUGGAAAUAAGCAAGGAAUGUCUGCUGUCCAGAAUGUCGGCUCAUCGGGUUCUCAUACAUAUGCUUCUGCUCUGGGUGCUUCAUUGUCAAGAAGCACGACCCCAGACCCUCAGCUUAUAGCUAGGGCUCCUAGUCCUCGGAUUCCACCUGUUGGUGGAGGAAGGGCUUCCUCCAUGGAUAAAAAAAUUGCCAAUGGUCAAAACUCAUUCAAUGGUGCCUCACCCAAUGUGAAUGAGUCUGCAGAUCUAGCAGCUGCUUUAUCUGGUAUGAACCUGUCGGCAAACGGCAGGAUAGAUGAAGAGAAUCAUGCACGCUCACAAAUUCAACAUGAAAUUGAUAAUCACCAUAACCUUUUUGAUAUUCAAGGUGAUCGGAGCCAUAUGAAACAAAAUUCAUAUUUGAAUAAGCCUGAUUCUGGGAAUUUUCAUUUGCAUUCUGUUUCCCAAUCUUCUAAAAACUCUUAUCAGAAUAUGGGAAGAGGCAGUGGAUUUGGGAGGGAUCUGAACCACCCUUCAUAUAUGUCUGAUGAUCCAGUUGAAAUUAAUAAUCCCGCUGCAUCUGCUAACUCAUACUUAAGGGGACCUGUGCCAGGUCUUAAUGGCCGAGGAAGCUCAUUCUCCCAGUAUCAGAAUGUAGACAGUACCUCGUUUCCUAACUAUGGCUUGGGUGGGUAUUCUGUUAGUCCUUCAUCUCCAUCCAUGAUGGGAAAUCCACUUGGUAAUGGUAGUUUACCACCCUUAUUUGAAAAUGCUGCUGCUGCAUCUGCAAUGGGUGGCUUGGACUCUGGAGCAUUUGGAGGAGGUAUGUCUCUAGGACCAAAUUUAUUGGCAGCAGCUGCUGAAUUGCAGAAUAUGAACAGGCUUGGAAAUCACACUGCUGGGAGUGCUGUCCAGGUGCCCAUGAUGGACCCAUUGUAUCUUCAGUACGUGAGAUCAAAUGAAUAUGCUGCUGCCCAGGUUGCAGCCUUGAAUGACCCCACAAAAGAUAGGGAAGGCAUGGGUAAUAUGUAUAUGGAUUUACUGGGUUUGCAAAAAGCUUAUCUGGGGCAAUUGCUUUCGCCUCAAAAAUCACAAUUUGGUGUUCCCUACAUUGGUAAGUCUGGUAGCUUGAAUCAUGGUUACUACGGAAAUCCAGCAUAUGGGCUUGGCAUGUCUUAUUCUGGAACAGCAUUGGGUGGCCCCCUUCUUCCAAACUCUCCUGUUGGACCGGGUAGUCCUGCCAGGCACAGUGAUCGGAACUUGCGUUUUUCUUCUGGGAUGAGGAACAUGGGUGGAGGUCUCAUGGGACCUUGGCACUCUGAAACUGGUGGAAAUUUUGAUGAAAAUUUUGCCUCCACUUUAUUAGAUGAGUUCAAGAGCAAUAAGACUAAAUGUUUUGAACUUUCAGAGAUUGCAGGGCAUGUUGUUGAGUUCAGUGCCGACCAGUAUGGAAGUCGGUUUAUUCAACAGAAACUUGAAACUGCCACAGCCGAAGAAAAGAACAUGGUCUUUGAUGAAAUAAUGCCCCAAGCCCUUUCUCUAAUGACCGAUGUGUUUGGUAAUUAUGUGAUUCAGAAGUUUUUUGAGCAUGGAACUGCAUCACAAAUAAGAGAACUUGCUGACCAGCUCACUGGGCAUGUGCUGACCCUUAGCCUUCAAAUGUAUGGCUGUCGAGUAAUCCAGAAGGCUAUAGAAGUUGUUGAGCUGGACCAGCAGACUAGAAUGGUAGGUGAACUGGAUGGCCAUGUUAUGCGUUGUGUUCGUGAUCAAAAUGGGAACCAUGUCGUCCAGAAGUGUAUUGAAUGUGUACCUGAAGAUGCCAUCCAGUUUGUUGUUUCAACUUUUUAUGAUCAAGUCGUGACACUGUCAACUCAUCCAUAUGGUUGUCGUGUCAUACAGAGAGUUUUGGAGCACUGCCAUGACCCCAGAACGCAGCAAAUAAUGAUGGAUGAGAUUCUGCAGUCUGUUUGCAUUUUGGCACAAGACCAAUAUGGAAAUUAUGUUGUACAGCAUGUGCUGGAACAUGGAAAACCACAUGAACGAUCAGCUAUCAUUAAGGAACUAACUGGCCAGAUUGUUCAAAUGAGCCAGCAAAAAUUUGCGUCAAAUGUUAUAGAAAAGUGUUUAAGUUUUGGAACUCUUGCUGAACGCCAGGCCCUUGUAACUGAGAUGCUCGGUACCACUGAUGAAAAUGAGCCCCUUCAGGCGAUGAUGAAGGACCAGUUUGCAAACUAUGUUGUACAGAAAGUGCUGGAAACUUGUGACGAUCAGCAACUUGAACUAAUCCUUAACCGAAUUAAGGUUCAUCUGAAUGCUCUGAAGAAGUAUACUUAUGGGAAGCAUAUAGUUGCACGUGUAGAGAAACUUGUUGCUGCUGGAGAGAGGAGGAUUAGCAUUCUGGCUCCGCAUGCUUCUGCUGCUUAG